UGUUCCACCCAAUUUGACAAUGUUUCCUUCCGGACACCAGAAUGCAGAGCUCGAUACGGUGUCAACCAUCCGUGUCCCUAUAAACCCUAACAACAACAAGAUUGUUGACAAACCUUCUUCACAUACAUAGCCUGUGGGAAACUGGUUAAUGUCAAGAAAAUGUCAAUUAGCUCUCCAAGUGUUUUUCUGCUCAAUGUGACGGGACAGAUUGAAACUGGACGGUUCAUGGGAGGUGAUAACCUCUAUUUUAAUUAUUCCUUUGCUUCUGGACAAGACUGGGAAGUUAUACUGGGGUUGGAAGAAUGUGCUUCUCAAAGUGCUCGCCGCAGUGAUGAUGAGAGACAGGUGUUUGUGUGGAACUUCCCAAUAGAUAUUACUUUCAAGUCAACUAAUCCUUUUGGCUGGCCUCAAAUAGUCAUCUGCAUAUAUGGAAAAGAUUUCUUUGAAAAUGAGGUGAUAAUGGGUUACACCGCCUGUCAUAUUCCAAUUACUCCUGGGAUACACACCCGAAGGCUCACUACAUUUGUACCAGAAUCUGCAUCCACAGUUCAGAAGUUGAUGUCAUGGCUCACUGGAAGACGACCAGAAUUUGUCGAUCCAAAACUUAUUACUCAGGGUAGAGGACGAGAAGUGACACGUGUGAGAUCCCAAGGAGAAAUUACCGUGACCUUCAAUGUGAUGAUGAAAGACUUCGCAAAAUUUGGGUACGAUUGUGGGGCAACUGGCAGGACACCAUACCUUGCUGCGCCUGUCAAACCACCACCAAGUAUAACUGUUCCAAGAGAAGGACAGAGUGAUGCAUGAUUCUUGUUAUUGUUUCAGUGGUACACUGUAUUAUUUUUAACCCACCUACAAAUUGGCACACACAGUGCCAGUGUUUGCUAGCAAGAUUAGAAGAAUAUAUUUUGGAGGGGAUUUCAUGGGAAAAAUGAUAGGUGCAAAUUGAUGCUGUAUUGUGGUUAAAGUUGCAGAACAUUGAGUACAUAGAAGAAAUAAGAAACAGGAAAGCAAAAAUAUGAUAGAAAAGUUAAAUAGUACCUGUGCAGUGUAAGUCUUCCUAUAAAAUGUUAUCUGGAUGACAGCUGGGGCUUCACAGUCCUGUGUCUGUGAAUAAGAUAUGGUUUAGUAGCCUAGUUGGUAUAAUGGUCAUUUUGUGUGAGGGUCACACACAUGUAUAUUUCAAUCAUGUUAUAAAUAGGAAGAUAAAUUCAGAGGCUUUUCAGAUUUCUCAAAAGUUUGUAUAGAAUACCAAAUUAAUUACCGAGUUAAGUUACUCAAGAAGAGAGAGAGAGAGCAUUUCAAAGAACAAAGGAGAGCUAGUAAAGGCAGUCAUAGUGCCUUCACCAGUCGUCCCUAAGAUGUAAUUUUUUCUCUUUUGAAAAGGUUUAUGACUUAUUUCAGGAAUGUUCUUUCAGCCUGUAUGGCCUUCUUCUCCUGUAAAUGUUUCUGACAAUGACCAUUUUUUUUAUUAGCUAAAGUAAGGGGGAUACUGUACAUGUUUGUACAGUCUAUCAUUUAUAUAAUGUGUGCACACUUUGGAUCGCUCUACCAUGCUGGCAGACAGCUCAUGUAGUUAAAUAAAAAAAAUUGCUCUAUGUAUAUUUGCAAAACUUUUUUAAACAGGUUUAGCACUUUGUAUACUUUGAGUUAUUUCCUUUCCUCCUUCCCUUAUUUCUUCACCCAAAAACAGUCUGAUCCAUAUGAGUUUAGUGCUUUUUGAGAAUUAAUAAUAUUUACUCUAGAAAACCUUCAAGGGAAGUGCCGUCACCUUGAUGGUGAAGGGAUUGUAAUCUCUUAUAACAAUAUUGUACAUUGGUAAUGUUUUGUAAAUGUAUAAUUUUGGUGUCUUAUUAUUAUUAUUAUAAUCAAAACAAAGCACAAACAUAAUUUUGGCAUUUUAAUAUAACAUACACUCAUCUUCGAGAAAGUCUCCUUGAUGCCAGUGCUUCCCUUUCUUGGAUCAAACCUGAAUGCCUAUCAUUCCCCCAGGUACUGUAUGACUCCCUACAGGUUUAACACUUUCCUACAAAUUUAAUAAGUACAUACUGUACAGUGGACCCCCGCAUACCGUACGCAUCACAUAACGUUCAAUCCGCAUACCGCUCACUUUUAUCGCAAAAAUUUUGCCUCGCAUACCGCUCAAAAACCCACUCACCGCUCUUCGUCCGAGACGCGUCCAAUGUGCACCCUUAGCCAGCCUCACAUGUGCCGCCAGUGGCAUUGUUUACCAGCCAGCCUCCGCGGUAACAUCCAAGCAUACAAUCGGAACAUUUCGUAUUAUUACAGUGUUUUUGGUGAUUUUAUCUGCAAAAUAAGUGACCAUGGGCCCCAAGAAAGCUUCUAGUGCCAACCCUACAACAAUAAGGGUGAGAAUUACUAUAGAGAUGAAGAAAAAGAUCAUUGAUAAGUAUGAAAGUGGAGUGCGUGUCUCCGAGCUGGCCAGGUUGUAUAAUAAACCCCAAUCAACCAUCGCUACUAUUGGUGGUACAGCUGCUGCUGCUGCUGCUGCUGUAGUACCGUCUGCUGCUGCUGUAGUACCGUCUGCUGCUGCUGUAGCAUCUUCUGCUGCUGCUGUAGCACUGUCAGCUGCUGCUGCUGUUGUACCACCGUCAGCUGCUGCUGCUGCUGUAGUACCGUCUGCUGCUGCUGUAGCAACGUCUGCUGCUGCUGUAGCAUCAUCUGCUGCUGCUGUAGCACUGUCAGCUGCUGCUGCUGUUGUACCACCGUCAGCUGCUGCUGUAGUACCGUCUGUUGCUGCUGUAGCAUCGUCUGCUGCUGCUGCUGCUGCUGUAGCACUGUCAGCUGCUGCUGCUGCUGCUGUAGCACCGUUGUUGGUGUGGCUUAUUGAGAAUACCAAGAAACAAUUAACCCCAGAGGAUUUGCCACCCAGGAUAACCCAAAAAAGUCAGUAUCAUCGAAGACUGUCUAACUUAUUUCCAUUGGGGUCCUUAAUCUUGUCUCCCAGGAUGCGACCCACACCAGUCGACUAACACCCAGGUGAACAGGGAAAGAUGCCUGGAACUAGUGCUCAUAUUGGUGAAUUUAAAGCCAGCAAAGGUUGGUUUGAGAGAUUUAAGAAUCGUAGUGGCAUACACAGUGUGAUAAGGCCUGUUCUGGAAGAAAAUGCCAAACAGGACCUACAGUACUCAGGAGGAAAAGGCACUCCCAGGACACAGUGUCUCAUCAGUCAUUGCUGCAUCUUCAAUAAAGGUAAGUGUCAUUUAUUCUUCAUUUAGUAGAGUAGUACAUGCACAAUAUAUAUUGUGCAUGUACUACUCUACUAUUGUGCAUGUAUCCUUCUCUUUGUGUGUAGGAAAAUGUAUAUUUCAUGUGGUAAAAAAAAUUUUUCAUACUUUUGGGUGUCUUGCACGGAUUAAUUUGAUUUCCAUUAUUUCUUAUGGGGAAAAUUCAUUCGCAUACCGAUCAUUUCACAUAACAAUGAGCCCUCUUGCACGGAUUAAAGUCGCUAUGCGGGGGUCCACUGUAUAUACAGUUAAUACAUUAAUGGGGUGUGCUAAACUUGUAGGGGUCAUGCAACACCUGGGAAAAAAUGGGAAAUAUUCAAGUUCAGUCCAGGGAAGGAAAGGACACAGUGGUGGAACCAAGGCAAGCUUGGGGGCUGAAGCCACCCAAAAUUUCCCCCCCCCC